AGGGAGAGAAAAAAACCCUCUCAGUCGCCAUGAUACAGCAGCGGAAACGGGGGAGAAGUAGCUAGAAAACAAAAGAGAGCACGCAGUCGUCCUCGCGCUUUGGAAUGCUCUUGCAGUGUUAUAGGAAUGCCCAAGGAAAAAUAUGACCCGCCGGAUCCAAGGCGGAUGUACACAAUAAUGUCGACCGAGGAAGCAACAAACGGGAAGAAGUCAUACUGGGCUGAGCUGGAAAUCAGCGGCAGAGUAAGGAGUCUCAGCACAGCCCUGUGGUCUCUCACCCAUCUCACUGCCCUGCACAUUAGUGACAACUCAUUGUCACGCAUCCCGCCAGACAUUGCCAAACUACACAACCUGGUGUACCUGGAUCUCUCAUCCAAUAAGAUCAGGAGCCUGCCGUCAGAGCUCGGCAACAUGGUGUCUCUCAGGGAACUGCUUUUAAAUAACAACCAGUUGCGGGUUCUGCCAUUUGAAUUGGGGAAACUGUUUCAGUUACAAACACUGGGGUUGAAAGGAAACCCACUUGCACAAGAAAUUAUGAGCCUCUACCAGGAACCUGAUGGCACGCGGAGACUGCUCAACUACUUGUUAGACAAUCUGGCAGGGGCUAUCAAGCGCAUACCAACAGAGCAGCCCCCAGCCCGGUCAUGGAUCUCAAUCGCGGAACCAGACCGAACACGGGCCUCAGCACUGUUCUCUGUGAUGUGCUACAAUGUGCUGUGUGAUAAGUACGCCACACGACAGCUAUAUGGCUACUGCCCCUCUUGGGCUCUAAACUGGGAGUACAGGAAGAAAUCCAUCAUGCAGGAGAUAAUGGGCUGCAAUGCAGACAUCAUCAGUUUGCAGGAAGUUGAGACGGAGCAGUACUACAAUUUCUUCUUGCCUGAGCUGAAGGAGCAGGGGUACGAUGGGUUCUUCAGUCCAAAGUCACGAGCCAGGACUAUGUUAGAGUGCGACCGUAAACACGUGGAUGGAUGUGCGAUUUUCUACAAAACGGAAAAAUUCAGUGCAGUGCAGAAACACACAGUGGAGUUCAACCAGCUGGCCAUGGCUAACUCCGAGGGCUCAGAGGCUAUGCUGAACAGGGUGAUGACCAAGGACAACAUCGGCGUAGCUACACUGCUAGAGGUCCGCAAAGAGAUGAUGGAGGCCUCCUCUGGAAAGUCGCUCCAUGGCAUGGAGAAGCAGCUGCUCCUGAUAGCCAACGCCCACAUGCACUGGGACCCGGAGUACUCUGACGUCAAGCUGGUCCAGACCAUGAUGUUCCUGUCAGAGGUGAAGAACAUCGUAGACAAGGCCACACGCAGCCUCAAGUUGUCCUCUGUCUCUGGUGAGAUCAAUGCCAUUCCACUGGUGCUGUGCGCUGACCUCAACUCCUUGCCUGACUCUGGAGUGGUGGAGUACCUAAGUAGUGGUGGGGUGGACUGCACCCACAAGGACUUCAAGGAGCUCCGUUACAGCGACAGCCUGACCAAAUUCAACUGCAAUGGCAAGAACAGCACGUCCAACGGCAGGAUCACCCACGGCUUCAAGCUGAAAAGCGCUUACGAGAACGGCCUGAUGCCUUACACCAACUACACCUUCGACUUCAAGGGUGUCAUCGACUAUAUUUUCUACUCCAAGCCUCACCUGAACGUGCUGGGUAUCUUGGGCCCCCUGGACCCCCACUGGCUCGCAGAAAACAAUGUCAGCGGCUGCCCACACCCCCACAUCCCCUCCGACCACUUCUCCCUCUUCGGCCAGCUGGAGCUUCUCCUGCCCAAUCUGCCCCCCCAGGUCAACGGGCUCCAUCUGCCUGCACGCAGGUAGUGAGUCCCUGCCACACCACCAGGGGACGCUGCAACCACAGCCUCUUCUAUUCAGACCCUCCUCCCUCCCACUACCAGCUCUUCCCUCCACCAUACCGGGGGAGGAAGACAAAUACACAACCUGUAAAAUAUUCGUACAGUGAGGUCUGGCCGACAGGGAUUUCGUAUAAUGUUAUAGAUAUUCUAUAUUUUUUCUUUCUCCGUUUUUUUCUUUUUUGUUCUUUUUUUAACUGCUUGAUUCAGUCCUGUUCGUGUAUCAUAUUUUGUGUUUUGGACUCCCCCCUCCUCCUCAAAUCCACCCACCUACCCACCCACUUUGCUUCUGUCUUAACUAUAGGGGAUGGUAGCUCGUUCAGAUUUGUCUCAUGGGGCACCGUUUGGUUUUAGAGCAAGGGGAAACUGAGAAGUGGCUGAGGGGACGACGUUCACCUGAAAAGCUCCCUAGCUGAUGGUCUGCCUGUCUGUCUGUCCUGUAUAAAUCUGAAACCAGCAACGACAGCGGACUUGUCAGUCUCGGACCUCCAUCAUUGGCUUGUGCUUGUUUCCCCCCCUGCGCUCUGGGCAGCCAGCGUGCUUUCUCAGUCUCUUUAGGAUUCGCUCCUUAGUUGAGUCGGAUGUUGUUGGGUCAGCCUUUAGCUGGUAGUUAAGCCGCCCCGGAGGUGGAUGUAGCGCAGCUAGUAUGAGGUGAGAUGUCCUGCUGUCAUUCUGUGGUGCUGAGGCCUUAUGUGUGGUCACGGCCUCCCGUGGUGCUACAGGAUAGUCUCCACCUCUGACCCCGGCCCUGGUGCAUUAGCUACCAAACCCACAGAUGCCUCGAGAACCAAACGUCCAGAGAACUACAUGUGCCCUGUUUCACAUGGGCUGUAUGUGGUGUUCAUUUGUGAAGGAGGGAUAUGGUGAGAAACUGAGGGCAGCUACCAUCCUGUUUGCAGACUGUUUCACCCCAGCUUGUAUAGUUGUUAGGCUAGGCCUGUGCUUAGGAGCUCAUGUGGCCCACGUACCCCCAUUUUUUUUUUUUUGGUCAAGGGAUUUAGGCUGAUGGGCAAAGUGAUAAGGGGCUUUUCCACAAAUCUUUUCUUUGUCUCGAUUGCUUUUAGGCAGAGAGAGCGAGUAAUGGCUAAUACACAGGAGUAAAAACCAGCAUUCCUCUCACUGUCUGGAGUUGCCAUCCAACUCCACACAUGCAAGCUUACACACACACACACUUGCAUACACUCACAAACAAACACACACGCAUCACACAACACAGGUAAUUUGCAGGCAGAUCUGUAGCACUGUCUCUGAGGCCAGUAGUGACUUUCCCAGCCAUAAAUUCCAUACACAAAAGCCGUGGUUUUUUCCACAAGUGUUUGUACAGAAUAGAAAUCUAGACUCAGUCUUUACAUGAUUGUAUAUGAACCACAAAAGACCUGUUUUCUGGCGUUUUUUUGUACUAAGAGUAAAUUAUGAUCAGAUUUGAGAAAAAAAAAAAAAGAUUGUAUUGUAAACUAUGGCUAAAUUUUUAUCCAGUUAAUGUUGAGAUGAAUUGAUAUUACCAGCUUGUACAAAAGACGUAAGAAUAGGUUGUUCAAGGCGUUCACUGUCACAACUUUGCACUCCCUAAAUAUUAACUGUAAUUAAUGUAUCGGUAUUGUUAUUUUUUUUUUUCUCCCCCUUCCCCCCUGCUGUUGAUUUGAUUUUGCUGGCCUAUUGCUGCAAUUGUAAAUAGACCACAGAGUAGUCCGCCUGUUGCUUCUAGCCCAUUAACAAAGCCAUUGAUCCACACUGCUGCCAUCAGUUCAGUUAAAAAAGGACACGCAAGGAUGAGUCCCAGCCCACCAGUAACUCCACAUCUGUUCAUCUAUAUAUCUCUCACACACACUCCCACUAGUGACGUGUGACUGAUUCAACUUAUAUUAAUCCCACAUGUACAAGAAAACAUCGUGCCUCACUGUAGCAGUUGUCGUUGUCUUGCACUAUUUACAUUUGACGAACGCCUGAACAACCUUUUCUCCUUUUAUUUUUAAAUACUGUUGAGACAUUUGUGAAGAUUUUAUGUCCUUUUAUUGGGUUUUUGUUAAUGUUGAUUUCCUUUUUUUUUAUGAGCUGUGACAAUGUUAUGAUGAUGUGUAUAUUCUUCCUAUUCAUUGAGCUCUCUAGUAAUCAGGUAUGCUUUCUCCACCGACCCUUUCUCCCCUCCUUAAGGAACAUCAGUAGGAUGUCUAAUCUUUAUUAAAUCCACUCUCCCUGAUUGUUUGCACCCUAUUUGUACCUUAGCACAGCGCCACGCCCAGAACCCCAAAAUAUCUAGCCCUUUGCUCCUUUGAUGGCCAUGAAAUCUAAAUCUCCUAAACCUGUCCAUCACCCUACACCCCUUAAACUGCCCGACCUCACACCUCCCCCACCCACUAUGUUACUCAAGCUGUGUCUUUUAAGCCCCUUUGCUCAACCACUCUGUAUAGAUCUCUUACCCUUUUCACUGCAGCUAUAGUGCCAUCUGUGGACCCCCUACCUUUUGCAUUGGAGAAGGUGGAAGGCCCACUGUGCUCUGCUUUUGGAUGAACGAGGGAUGAGGAGCAGUGAGCUCAGCUAAUUCACUCUGAAAGUCAGGCAGGCGUAUUUGCAAUGAAUCAAACAACAGAAUUUAUUCAACAGACAUGCUUUUACACAAAUACACCAGAUGAUGAGCAAUUCAGACGCAGCUCCCCUCACUCUCUGGUCCAUCAUAAUAGCAAAUAAAGAUCUAAUUUACUUUAAUGUAUAUGUUGAAAUGACAUUUUUAAAAGCAAGAGGGAAGCAAGUAAAUAGGAAGUAUACGUUUGUUCCCCAGAUCAAGGUUUCUUGUCCCAUUUGUUUCCCCCCUACACGUUCGUCUUUUAACUUUGUUUGUUUUGUUUUCCAAUGGAAACCAAUGUGUCCAGUUUGAUUUAUUUUUUUCCUGAAUGGCAUUAGUAUUGUAGUAGAUUUAAAGGCUAGCUUUUUUUGUAAAGUGUGAAUAAAAGAUGUAUCUCAUGUUUCCUUUCUAAAAAGAAAAAUGGAUUGUGUUUUGAUGUGUAAAUCAUGAAUUCUACGAUGGUGUUAUGUUUGCUACAUUGUUUUAACUCGUACUCAAUAUAUUUUUCCCCCCGUAUAAUAUUUCCAUCACAAACCAAAUCCUCUGUAGAAAUCAUGAUGAUGAGACAUUGUCUUGACUGGUUGAUUAGAGGAGUUUAAUGUUGCUGAUAAUGCUUCCUAGAAUGAAGGAUUGAGAGCUCAUCAGAGGAAAGUACCAGCGCAGGGAUAUUCAAUUAGAUGUGUUUUUGUGUUAAAUUUGCUUUCAGCUUUAUUUUGGUUAUUGCAUGGCACUAGCUGGAGAGUGCUAGUGCCUUUUAGGUUUAGGACAGCAGAGCUGUCUCACUAGUGGCUGCAGUUCAGUCCUAGAAGCACUGUUCUGACUGGUGUAAAAUGUGUUCUAAGACUAAGCUAACAGCGCGCCGCUGGUCGCUAAACUGGUCCUGUGAUGAUUUUGAGUACUACUAGUCCAUUUCACUCUGUUCUUGUGCAUCACAGUGGUUGAACCUGUUACACUAGCUAGCUACUAUUGACAGUCACUGGUGUGACUCUUGAGUCUUUUUGGUUGUUGACUCCCCUCCUCCUCCUCCUCCCCCCCCUUUGUUAAACCACAGACUUUGACUUCUGACUGAAAUUCUGGCGAAUCACAGAGCUGAGUUUUUUUUUCCACCCUGUAAGCUCCGUUAGCGACCACAUUGCUAGCUUUGUACUUUCCACUGUUGCAUUUGUGUUUCAUAGUUGGCUUGUUUAGGUGUAGAGUAAUUUCCCAGGCUGCAUCUCUUUGUAAUGGUGCACACCAAAGCUGCUUGUAGUCCAGUUCUCUGUUGUACAGCCGGUUCUUUCUUCAACCACUCACAUUUUUGUUUUGUUUUAUCCGAAUCAUAGUCUUCAUGAAAUGUAGGGCUGUAAGGAAAGCUAAGUACUUUUGUACCUUUUUUCCUUGAAUCACAUGAACACGUUGCAUCCAUAUUCAUACUCUUGUUGGGGGUUUGAUUUCGCAAAACAUGAAAUUUUAAAUGCAUCCUUUUCAAAAACAACUUGGCAAUAAUACCCAGAAACAUUCAGACAUACAGAAUGGGUUUUUAAAUAUUUUAUCUGGAAAAUGUAGCUUUUUCAUCUUUCAAACUGUGGUUGUUGUGGGUUGUUUUUUUUUGUUGUUGCUUUCGAUCUCUCCAUCUUCAACCUGCUAGACCGUUCUGUUACCUGAAUACCUUUUCUUUUCCCCUUGGAUCAUCCAUCUUGUAUAUUUGCUCAUCUCCUUCUCUCUGCCGAUCUAGUAGUAGUUGUCCAAUGAUCAGGAUUGUCUUCUCUGUAGUCAGCUGAGUGCAUAUAUUGAUCUGUGUCACUGUGUUUAUGCACUGGACCAACUAUUGUUUACCAUUCAUGAAAUACCAGCAAAAAAAAAGAAAAAGAAUAAUGACAAAGCACUUGCACAAUGUUGUAGAAUGUCCAUUAAUCUAGAUGAGAAAUCAAGGCAGCUGUUUUCAAAUCAACACAUACUGUUUUAAAAAGAAACUGAAUGGUAAACAAUGCUUUCUGUUGUACCCCUUAGCCGUCCUCUUGAUUCUCUUCGGACUAGUUCUUUUUAUUUUUAUUUUUUUCCCGUUUGACUACAGGUUCUGCUCGUUUCCUUUACACCUACCUAUGUAUUUUCCUACUUCUGGUUGAAAAUAAAUUCUAUAUUAUCUGUUUCAAGCUGUGUCACCUCUUAUUCUUUGC